AGACGCAGCACCGAGACCCGGUUCUGCAGACAUGACCGCUGAGAGAGUGAAAAGGACCCGGCUCACACCGAACCGGACCUGACUUCCGUGCACGUGCACGAGCAACAGACCACCCGGACAAGGCCACGCCCCCCCCCCUAUGAGAGAGGAGUGACCCCGCCUCCUCGCUUAACACCAAGGAGGCCCCGCCCCCCCCCCGGGCGAUGGGCAGCGUGCGCGGAGGAUCCUACAGCGCGGUGUCGUCGGAGAAGCUGGCCAACACGGCGGCCGACGUGGCGGCCGACGGCCACGCCAAGGUCAAGGUGCAGACGCGGCGGCGGCGGUCCGGCAGGCUGGUGAAGAAAGACGGCCACUGCAACGUGCGCUACGUCAACGUGAGCGAGCGCGGCCAGCGCUACCUGGCGGACAUCUUCACCACCUGCGUGGACAUCCGCUGGCGCUGGAUGCUGCUCCUCUUCUGCCUGGCCUUCCUGCUGUCCUGGCUCUUCUUCGGCUGCGUCUUCUGGCUGGUGGCCAUCUUCCACGGCGACCUGGAGGGCCACGCCCACAAGUGCGUCUCCAACGUGAGCAGCUUCACCGCCGCCUUCCUCUUCUCCGUGGAGACGCAGACCACCAUCGGCUACGGCUACCGCUACGUGACGGACGAGUGCCCGCUGGCGGUCUUCGUGGUGGUCUUCCAGAGCAUCGUGGGCUGCGUCAUCGACGCCUUCAUCAUCGGCGCCGUCAUGGCCAAGAUGGCCAAGCCCAAGAAGAGGAACGAGACGCUGGCGUUCAGCCACAACGCCACGGUGGCCAUGAGGGACAACAAGCUGUGCCUCAUGUGGCGCGUGGGCAACCUCCGGCGUAGCCACCUGGUGGAGGCGCACGUGCGGGCGCAGCUCCUGCGCUCCCGCACCACGCCGGAGGGCGAGUACAUCCCGCUGGACCAGACCGACAUCGACGUGGGCUUCGACAGCGGCGCCGACCGCGUCUUCCUGGUGUCGCCCGUCACCGUGGUGCACGUGAUCGACCAGGACAGUCCCUUCUACGACAUGAGCCGGCGGGACCUCCGCGACGCCGACCUGGAGAUCGUGGUCAUCCUGGAGGGCAUGGUGGAGGCCACCGCCAUGACCACGCAGUGCCGCAGCUCUUACGUGGCCGGCGAGAUCCUGUGGGGGCGCCGCUUCCAGCCCGUGCUCUUCCAGGAGAAGGACUACUACGAGGUGGACUACUCGCGCUUCCACGCCACCUACGAGGCCGCGGACACGCCGCUCUGCAGCGCCCGCCAGCUGGCCCGCAACAAGUACGUCCAGUCGGGCUCCUUCUGCUACGAGAACGAGAUGGCGCUGGAGAGCAAGGAGGACACGGACGAGGGCAACGGCGGCAGCGUGGGCCCCGACGCCACGCCCUCCGACGCCGUCUCCGAGGCGGGCCGCAACCGGACAGAACCCUUAAGGAGGGAGUCACAAAUCUGAGGGUUUUGGACCUUUUGCCCGCAUGGCGCUCCGGGUGAGGUGGGCGUGUCCCAAUGACGGUACGAGCAGAGGACUGCAUGGCGAGCUGGAAUGUUCUAGAAGGUGCACCAAAGAGUGUUAUUGUUCAUGGUACUGAUGUGUCCAAGGUCUUGUCUGGACUUUCUUCUGGGUCUUCUCUGCAGGACCCAGUCCAGGUCCCGCAGAGAAGACCUGCGCCAAGGUGCGCUGACCACAUGUAAAUAAUCAGGCUUUUCUAGAAGGAAAUAAAAUGUCAAAAUGGUG